GAGGGCGCUAACAAAGCUGUGAGAUAGCUUGAGAAAGGAAAAGGCCAAACGCUGGGAAGCAAUUCAAGUGGCUAUUUUCCAAAUACACCUAAACAUUAGUGAAUCAAAUGUCGAUGUUCUUAUCAAGUGAUGGCAGAAGAACAGUGUUCACAAAUCGAAGCUGAAUUGUAUUACCUCAUUGCCAGAUUUCUCCAGUCGGGACCGUGUAAAAAAUCGGCACAGAUCCUGGUUGAGGAACUGGAAGAGUAUGAGUUGAUCCCGAAACGAUGGAGUUGGGACGGCAAACAAUACAAACGAAACUUCCAAGACUGGGUGAUCUUGAACCAGCACAUCCCAGCAGACUACCUGCUGAGAGUAUGCCAACAGAUCGGUCCUCUCAUAGACAAGGAGGCCCCACCUAGCGUCCCUGGAGUCCAGACCCUCCUGGGCUUGGGAAGGCAGUCUUUGCUUCGCACAGCUAAAAGUUGUACCCACACAGAAUGGAGCGGAACUGCUGUUGCUGCGCUGCACCGGGGUCGCCCCCCAGAACCACCAGUCAGCUUUGGGAAGCCCCCCAGCAUCGUGUCCAUCAUGGGUGCUCGCCAGGCUACUGGCACUGCCCGCUUCGGCCAUGCCCUGCCGUCCUACACCUACCAGCAUAUGAAGAUGCACAGGCGCAUCCUGGGCCACCUGUCCUCUGUGUACUGUGUGGCCUUCGACCGCAGUGGCAGACGGAUAUUUACGGGUUCUGAUGACUGUCUGGUGAAGAUUUGGUCCACGGAUGACGGCCGGCUGCUGUCCACCCUGCGUGGCCAUGCGGCCGAGAUCUCCGACAUGGCAGUGAACUACGAGAACACGCUCAUAGCCUCGGCCAGCUGUGACAAGGUCAUCCGAGUGUGGUGCCUGCGCACCUGCGCCCCCAUCACUGUGCUGCAGGGCCAUGCAGCCUCCAUCACCUCCAUUCAGUUUUGUCCGGCGGUAAAAGGACCGAUGCGCUUCCUGGCCUCCACUGGCGCAGACGGCAUGGUGUGUUUAUGGCAAUGGCACUCGCUCAGCAUGAAGUUUGUUGACCGGCCAGUCAAGUUCAUUGAGCGGUCAAGGCCUGGGGUCCAGAUUUCCACCUCCUCCUUCAGCUGUGGUGGGAUGUUCCUGGCCACGGGCGGUACUGAUCAUGUGAUCAGGGUGUAUUACCUCGGCUCUGAAACACCCAUGAAGCUGUCUGAGUUGGAUGCUCACAUGGACAAAGUUGUGGUGGUCCAGUUUUGUAACAACAGUAACAGCCUAAGGUUUGUGAGUGGCAGCCGGGACGGCACGGCUAGGAUCUGGCAUUACCAACAGCAGGAGUGGAAGAGCAUUACUCUGGACAUAGCCACCAGACUACCAGGGAGUGCUGUUGUGAAUGGCGAGGACAAGACCAAGCUGGUGCCGACGAUGGUGGCCUGGGACCGCGGUGACCGCACGGUCGUCACAGCGGUCUCUAAUUACCUGCUCAAAGUGUGGAGCUCUACCACGGGCCAGCUACUGCAUGUGCUGUCUGGUCAUGAUGAUGAAGUGUUUGUCUUGGAGGCCCACCCAUUUGACCGCCGCAUCAUGCUGUCUGCUGGUCACGAUGGCAACAUCUACAUGUGGGACCUCGCCAAGGGAGCGAAGAUCCGCAACUUCUUCAACAUGAUUGAGGGCCAAGGCCACGGUGCAGCGUUUGACUGUAAGUUCUCAGCUGAUGGACAGCACUUUGCCUGCACUGACUCCCAUGGCCACCUGCUCAUCUUUGGCUUUGGCUGCAGCAGACCCUAUGAGAAGAUUCCUGACCAGAUGUUCUUCCACACUGACUUCCGGCCCCUGAUCCGGGACGCCAAUAACUUUGUCCUGGACGAGCAAACCCAGCAGGCGCCCCACCUCAUGCCCCCUCCCUUCUUGGUGGACGUGGACGGUAACCCCCACCCCACCCACUACCAGCGCCUGGUGCCCGGCAGGGAGAGCUGCAAGGAGGAACAUCUGGUGCCCCAGCUGGGCUACAUGGCCAAUGGUGAUGGUGAGGUGGUGGAGCAGGUGAUUGGCCAGCUAACAGCAGAUGAGGGUCAGGGAGAAAGCCCAUUGGAUGUCCUGAUCAGACAGUUGCAAAACCAGCCGGAUGAGAGGCGGGACCAAGAGAGAGAGCCUGAAGGAGAGGGGGCUGGUGAGAGACCAGAGGUAGUGGGAUCGCCCCCUAACGUGGGCCUGAGGAGGAGUGGUCAGGUGGAGGGGGUGCGUCAGAUGCACCACAACGCCCCUCGCAGUCAGAUGGCCACGGAGAGGGACCUGCUGGCCUGGAGCAGGAGGGUUGUGGUCAAUGAAGUCCAGCAAGGGGUCCUCCGGGUGAUGGAGGAGACCAGACGGGCCAAAGGUGAGGUGGAGUGUUCCAUCUACAACACAGAGAGGAGGAGGAAGCCUGUACCCAGUUCUCCUAAGACUGAGCAGCAGGCUCCCUGCAAGCGCUCCCUGCGGCGGACCCAGAGGAAGAAGAAGCAGACCAGACCUCCACCAGCGUACCAGACCCGCUCAGCAGGAGAACGUCGCCGUGUGAACAGGGGGAGGAUCUCUGACAGCCAGAUGGACUCUGACAGCGAUGGAGAGGCAGAGGAGCAGGCAGAAGCCAGCGAAGCUUCCUCUGAUGGGGAAACACAGUGGCAGAGUGACAGCAGUUCCAGUGUCUCCUCUAGUGACUACUCUGAUUGGACAGCUGAUGCGGGGAUCAACCUCCAGCCCCCCAAGCGGACCAGCAGAAGGCAGGUCCGACCGCCCGGUGGCUCCAGCAGUUCAGAGGAGGCCGAGGGCCAGGGAGAGGAGGCCGGAAGGAAGCAGGCGGAGAAGAAGAAGAAGCCCAAGCAGACCAAACAGAAGAAACCUAGCUCGUCUCUGUCUCUGGCUGGGUGUGAUGCAGAGGAAUGGCUGCCCCCCUCCUGGAUCAUGGAGACCAUCCCCCGCCGCUCUCCUUUUGUGCCACAGAUGGGUGACGAGCUGAUGUACUUCAGGCAGGGCCACCAGGCCUACGUCAGGGCAGUGCACAGGGCCAAGGCCUACAGUAUCAAUCCUCAGAAACAGCCCUGGAACAAGCUCAACCUCAGGGACCAGGAGUCUGUGAAGGUGGUUGGCAUUAAGUAUGAGGUGGGCCCUCCCACCCUCUGUUGCCUAAAACUGGCCUUCCUGCACCCCAUCUCGGGCAAAAUGACCAAUGAGUCAUUCUCCUUAAAGUACCAUGACAUGCCGGAUGUCAUUGAUUUCCUGGUGCUCCAGCAGUUCUAUGACGAAGCUAAAGAGCACAACUGGCAGACUGGUGUGCGCUUCCGGAGCAUCAUCGAUGACGCCUGGUGGUUUGGCUCGGUGGAGGACCAACAGCCACUCCAGCCAGAGUACCCAGACAGCCUGUUCCAGUGCUACGCUGUCAAGUGGGAUAAUAGCGAGAGGGAGAAGAUGAGCCCUUGGGACAUGGAGCCCAUUUCUGAUGAAGCGGAGUUGCCAGAAGAGGUUGGGGACGGGGUGGUGGUGACAGAGGAGGAGGUGAAGGCUCGCCUCUACAGCCCCCAGGAGGGGGAGUGGGGGGCUCACUCACGGGACGAGGACUGCCAGAGGGUCAUCUUUGGCAUCAACGAUCUGCUUACACUGGACCUGGCCAAGGCGUUUGCUUCACCUGUGGACCUGCGGGACUACCCCCUCUACUGCACUGUGGUGGCCUACCCCACUGACCUCAGCACCAUCCACAGACGGCUGGAGAACCGCUUCUACAGGAGGAUCUCUGCUCUGAUGUGGGAGGUGCGCUACAUCGAGCACAACGCCCGCACUUUCAACGAGCCCCAGAGCCCCAUCGUGGCAGCAGCCAAGGUGGUGACUGACGUGCUCCUCCGCUACAUUGGGGACCAGAGCUGCACAGACAUCUUAGAUCUGUGCCACAAGGUGAAGACGGAGCUGAGCAGUGGAGAGGACGAGACUGCUGAGGUGGACGUGGACUCUGACACUCCAGGGACAUCCACAGGACAACAGCGGGCCAAUCCCAGUCCUAAAAAGCGUGGGGUUGUGUUAGACGUGCGUGCGUGGCGGGGCCAAUGUCGGGAGCUGUUGCGGCGUAUGAUGGACGGCCCUGACUCUGAGCCCUUCAGACAGCCUGUGGACCUCUUUACCUACCCAGACUAUCGAGACAUCAUAGACACUCCCAUGGACCUGGGGACUGUUACAGAGGCGCUGGUCGUCGGAAACUAUGAGAACCCCAUGGAGUUUGCCAAAGAUGUCCGUCUCAUUUUCAGCAACUCCAAAGCAUAUACACCUAACAAGAAGUCACAGAUCUACACCAUGACCCUGAGCCAAUCAGCCUUCUUUGAGAGACAAAUCAUCUCCAUCAUCUCCGACUACAAGUCUGCAGUCCAGAACCAGCGGAGGAGGAGUCGCCAGAGUGUCAGCUACAGGAAGAGGCUGAACAGUGGAGGCAGCUCCCCUCCCACCAGCCGACCCUCCAGUCCUAAAGGGAAGCACAAGUCGGGGAAGAAAGCAACACCCAAAAAAUCCCAACCCUCAUCUAAAAGCCAGUCUCGCAGGCCAUCUCAGGCGUCGGAGUCGAGCAGCGUGGUGGUGGAGGAGGACAGCCAGCCCUCGUCCUCCUCCAGCUCCGGGACAGGCAGCCACAUUGGGGGCCCAGGGGCCGACCGUGUCACCCGCAGUCGGACCACACCCAUCAAGAACUUGGGUAUUACUACACAGGAGCGUAACAGACCUCUCACCAAUGGUGCCAGACAGAGCCACCGGCGAAGAGUGCUGCAGGAGGGGGAGGAGUCUGGAGGAUCCAAUAGCUCCUCCUCUUCAUCAUCGUCUUCCUCAUCAUUGUCCUCAUCAGACAGUGAUUCAGACAGUGAGUCAGAGGUUGGGAAGUUCGUGGAGGGAGGAGAUCACGACUACAGCAAAGCUCCCUGCUUAAAGACCCGCCACAAAGCCAAGGGCAAGAUGGACGUUUCUGGGAAGAGGAGGCGGAAAGAAGAACAGGAGGCGGAGGAGGCUCCAGAGAGAGCCAAGAGAGCACGAGUCCAGGCAGAGGAUGAGGAGGAGGAGAAGGAUGAAGAAGAUGAUGAAGACAAUGAGGAGGAGGAGGAAGAAGAGGAGGAGGAGCCACAGCCGCAACCGCAGAGAGAGGAGGAGGAUGACGAGGAGGAGCCUGAGGAGGAAGAGGAGCCUGAGGAAAAGGAGGAAUCGGAGGAGGACGACUCUGAGCAGGGUGAGGGUGGGACAGAGGGCGGUCAGAAAAGCAGUAGCCGCAGUAAGUCUGGUCAGGUGAACACCCGGAACCAGGGCCGCAGGACAGUGUUGUACAACGACGAGUCAGAUGAAGAGUCGGGGAUCACAGAGGACCCCCUCAACCUAGGCAUGUCCCGCUCAGGACGGGUACGUCGCAUGACCGAAAAGGCUCGUGUCAGCCACCUCAUGGGCUGGAACCACUGACACACACAGCCCCCUCAAACCUCCUCAAACUGGGCUUUCUAACCCCAACCAACCACCAUCUACCUUACCCACCAGGCGUGAUACUGAGACUGGACUCUGUUCAAUUGACUAAAUUAAUACUUCAGGGAUUUCUUUUUUUAAUGAUUUUUGCAUAAUUUUGCUUUGUGUAGGAGACUGUUUACGACUCUACUGGCAGUGGUGCUCCUGAUAAUCUUGCCAAGGAACCUCCCUCCCUGGUCUUCAGGGUUACUCAUCAACAUGGACCUGGUUAAACUCGCUUCCACCUAACUUACUGCUCUCCUGGGCCUUAAAGACUCCUUACUCCUCUUCUAUCAACUCCUCUCAUCUGCUUUUCCUCUGCCAUCUUUCUACUUGCCCUUGCAUUCUCCCUUCUUCCUGGUCGUACUACUACAAAGUUUCAGAGAUGCCAAAAACCGGUGCUCAUGUUAUAUCUCAAGGAGACUGUACGGUCUGUUUUUCUCUACCACCUGGGUGACAGAAAGUGAUGUUCCCUCUACUCUCUCUGUUUGUGUCCUGUCUGAACAGUACAUCUCUCCCUAAAUGAGCCUCUUCCACAUGACCCCCUCUGUGUUGGGUUGUCUGAUUUGACGCUAACCCUGUCACUAUUCUUCAUCCUCCCAAAUCCUCACCCUUCUCAUUGAGAGGUCAACUCUGGUGUGCUCAUUCACUGCAUAAAUGUCCCCUUUCAGGUGUCCAGGCUAGGUCAUAGAGGCAAGGUGAUUCUGUGGGUUUUGGUUCAAGACUAUCUUCGCGUAGGAACUGAUUGAUUCUAAUUAGUUGAGGUGGUGACUUCCUACAUCAUUAAUUAUGUCUCGUUAUAAAAUGCUGCAUGCCUACAGUAGACUGUUCCACCAUUGAAUCAGAGACAGAUGUAGCUCCUUAGUUAAUUCCUGGGCCACUGAAUGUUUUUCAUGUUAUAUUCCCCCUAGUCUCUAUCUGUUCUGUAGAAUUUGUAUAUUUGCACAUACAAUAGUUUUAUAGAGGCUUGGCCAUGUCCUCAUCCUGUGGCAUGUGGUUGUUAGGGUUGAUUGAUGUCUAGUGUGCUAGUGACAUGAAAGAGUGUGGGUAAUUGGAAAGGAGAAAUGCAAAGCUGUUGUAUAAGGAUUGGAACCAUUGUUCUAUUUCUGUUAGUCGGAAUAUACUUUUAUGGAUCAAAUGAACACAUUAGUUUAUAACUUCCAGGGCACUGUCCUUCAAACCAGUCAUUGGUUCAAACACCAAUGUGAAUCAUGGUACUUUUUGGGAGAUGUUUGCCCAUAACCACCACUCACUUCCACCUUGUGCUGAGACGGGCAUUUUUUACUACAGAAAUGUGUAUUUUUUUCACUGUAUUAUACACUUUGCAAUUCUUUCUUAGCUAAUACUAAUGAUGGUGAAAUAUUUGCAUAUUUAUGUAUUGUGUAGCAGCUGAAUUUGAGAAGGCUUUUGUUGGGCUGAGCAUCCAUUGCACCUCUGAUUUCCUCUUAAUUGGACAACCAGAAAAGCUACAAAGAGCGAAGGACUUUUUUUUUCAUGUGGUUUUAAAGAACAAAGGACUUUAUUUGUGUGUACAAAUCACAGAUACAUUUUGCCAGUAAUAUUAAUGUACAAAUACAUCUGAUCAAGUUGUUGUGAGCAUUACUGAUCAGACGGUUGUGCUUGCUGGCUCGAAGGUCGGAGCGACGGGUCUGCCUUAGGAACAGACCGCAUGGCUACAGACAGGCAGGUUCUCUUCUCCUUUCCUUCCACUUCCUAACAUAAGGUGUGUGUGAUACAGUUCCAUGACUUCACCCAAUGUUCCCAGGAUCCCCCCCAGCUCCUCUGCCCCAUGAUUCCCCUACUACACUCUGGUUUAGUGGCUCUGAACUCUCAUGUGUCAUGUGGUGGUCCAUGCUACUGCUAGUCAUGUUGCCACACGAGAGAAGGAGAUGGGACUCUGGGAAGUCAAUUCAUUAAGCAAGGUUUUGGUUAGUCAAUCGCCAGCCAGCAGUAACUCUGUCUGCAAACUCUUUGUGGGUGUAGAGUUUGAAAAGACUUCAAUUGUGCCAAUAGAUAGGCUUAAAUACCUACUCAAUAUUUUGGGAAUGUGCUCUCUUCAUAUAAUAGAUGGUAACUGGACUGGCCCCCUAGUCGUUUCUGAGUUCAAUGAUGACAUUCUAGGUAUAAUAAGUGUUUAUUUUUUCCCCCUACAAUUUUUUUUUCUUUUUUUUUUUCUAAAAAAUAAAGGAGCAACAGAUUUUCUCCAAACUUGGCACCCCUGGUAUUUCAGUUUAAUUCAGUCACAUUCUAUAAACACAAACAUGUUUUACCAUGAUUUACAUGUUCUGUCACUUCUCAUGGAAAGAUGGGA